UGGGUGUUGGCUCGUCUGUAGAGCAGUUAGUUCAUUUCAUAAGUUCUGAGCUUCAGUGUGUAGUGGCAGUGUCGUGACUCAGCAUGGGCUGCUGCUUCAGUAAAGAGAGGGGCCCUGUGGUGCCUGACCAGGUCGAUGAGAAAACAAGCUUGUUGCAGAAGACGAGGAGAGAAACAGCUGAAAGCAUUCAAAUCGGUAGUGCCGAUGUCAUUGAAAAAAGUGACUUGGACGAGCAAGCUAAGGAAUUCAGUAAGAUGGAAACUCCACGUGCUUUCAAGAGAGGAUGUGCUGGUGCUGACCAGGGGCAAGGAGAGCUCAAGUCUAACCGGAGGAGAGUCUGGCCUUGGUUAAGUAAUGAAUGCUCUUACCAGAAUGCAGAUCAUUUUCAGCACCCUGAGAAUCUUGCAGAAGUCAGUGAUUACUUCCUUACAAAUGACUGUUCCCAAUCAAAUAUGCAGAGGACACUGUGGGAUAUCUUUGGUUUGCCAAAGAGAAAAUACUCUAUUAAAGCAGAGAAUGGCACCUCAAAGAGUAAAUGGCGAAAGUUGUGCACUUCUGCUGCUCCGUUGGAGGGGAAUCCUGAAAUGGUUGAAAUUGCUGAGAACGUAACUGAAGGAAUGCCUAAUUCAACUGCUGAGAGUGAUUCUCCUGGGAAUGAGAAACUGCUUCGAACCCCAGAAGAAGUUCCAAGUGGAGAAUGUAUGGAGAGUUGUCAAACGAGUGGUGAGAUUUCCCGCGCACAGCAGCAAAAUAUUUCAUGUCAUUUAGUGACUGAGUUUCAUUUUGCUAAAAAUAAAAAGCCCGAGGAAAUUGAAGGGAUUAAAACGUGGAGGCAAAACGUGCAAGAGAACACCUUGGAUACCAGUCAUCUGGCCUCUGAAAUAAAUAUAAAACCCAGACCAAAUGAAUUCUACAGUAUCUGCACAAUAGAUGUAGAAGAUGUCGAACUAGAUGAGGGUGCACCUGCUUUUACUUGUAGCACUGUUCCAGAUAUGCAUUGUUCAGCUGUUGCAGUGGAGAGAAAGCACAACCUAACAUGGUCUGUCGAUCAUGGUGUGGACUUUUCAACACGGCCUAUAAGCAGAGCAGCUGUAUCUGAGCAAGGGGAGGCAGUUGAGCCUGAAGUAACGGAGCAAAUAGAGGCAGGCAUAAUGACACCGCGCAUUGUUUCCGCAGAAAUGGACACUGACGGGCAAGCUUCUUCUGUAUUGUCAAACCACAGGUUGAGUGUAGUACGGCUGCUUGCAGAGACAACUGAACGUGAUACAGAAACUCUCAAUGGCCAACCUAAACAUGGAAUGAAAGGCAACUUUGCGGAGCCUUCAGUUGCUGAGAAAACUUGCUUGUCCAAGAGGAACAACUUUAUUAGUUCAGGGGACAAUGCUUCGAAAUACUCCAAUGUUAGCAAGUUGUUAGAAUACUCUGGUUGUGAGGGAAGGCAGAUAACGACGGGAUCUCUUGCACAAAAUAACACUAUUAAAGAUACAGAUGUGACUGCAUAUUUACCAACAGAAAGUGAACAAGUUAUGAAACUUUGCGAUGGAGAUUGUCAUAUAUAUGGAGCGAAUGCUAACAGUGGAAUGCACUUGCAAUGUUCUGAUCCUCCUCCAAGGCCCACAAUUCCAGAUCCUGCAUCAAAAUCUGUAAUUGGAGUUGAAAAAGUUUUCGAACCGUCACUUAUGUUUGCUGAUUCGGAAACCUCUGACACGGUUUGCAAAGAUGCUUGUACACAGAGGCUUGAUGAGAAAAAUUCAGAAUCUAAAACUCUGCUGGAUCUGAACUCAACUGAACAACUGCACGGCAAUGAAGAGAUAGCGCCAUGCAAUCAUGCGAAUGACGAAAAUCUGCCCAAUGGUUUAACUGUAAUGGGACUGGAAGAAUCACCGAAGUUGAAUCAACCGUUGCAUUGUAAUUCCCUGGCUGAAGGGAUGCCUAAUUCAUACUUUACAGGAAUUUCAAGCUGUUACUUCAGUCAAUCUCUUUGUGAUGAGCGAGCUCAUAACCAUUUAAUUUGUAUGCCAACUACUUUGCAAAGAGACUGCAGUGAUCAAGGAGAGUUUGCCGAUCGGCAGAUUGAAACGGAUGUAUUCCAAAAAGGGGGACAAAAUACUGAGUUUGAUGCAAGUAUAAACGGUUUGUACUCUGAGCCUCCAGAAGAUAAACGUUUGGAUUUCAUGCAGCCAAGCAACCAAUUGAAUGACUAUUUGGAAUCGAUACCCACAUUUGCUGUUCGACAGCAGCUUGAAUCCAAAGUGAAGAUUUUGAAACUCGAUCCACAUGCUAAUGACAGGGUGCUUUCUUCUGAUGAUGACAGUGAUUCUAUCAUUGUUGAGCAGCUGCAGAAUCAAAACGACAGUUGCCAAGAUGGGGAAAAUCUUGACGCUAUUUGCACACAGAAUGUUUUGCAAACUGGUAUUACAUUCGGUGUAUCCGAUACUGACUGCCAUUCCAGCCUGGCUUCCUUAGAAUCUGAUGCCCCUAACCAUUAUGAAUUGAAUAAUUUGUGGAACUCUGAAAAGUUGUUCACGAACGCAACUAAUCACCAAAGAAAAGAUGAGCUCGAUUACAGUGGCGCAAACAUCAAUAAGGUGAAACUGGAUCACCAAGAUACUUUGGCUUUAGCUGUUGAUUCUACUUCUGAAGUAGGCAGUGAAGAGGAUUUCACCAUUCAGAAAUGUUCUGUAAUUCCUGACGUACUGGAAAGCUAUAUGGACGUGUGCUCCAAUUCAGGUGGAGAUUUAGGCAGCCUGAAAGACCUUAAGAAAGAAAUGGUCUUGAAUGAAAUAACUGAACAGAGUCUUCAAAGCAGUGAAUCUGUAUCCGAGCAGAACGCACCUGAUUGGGAAGAAAAAGUGACACUUGGAGGUUCUGAAACUGUGGAAAAUGCACAACUGAAGAGCAGAAUUAACGGAAAUAUAAACGUGAAUCUGUCAGAAUACUGCAACAAAGGGACAAGUGAAGGCUUGAACCAAAUAUUUAGUACAGAGUUGACACAGUGCCCAGUUCUAUGCAGGAUGGAAAAUGAAGUUCCACAAGUCCUAUGUGACACAAGUGAUAGAACCAUGGAGGUCUCAGUCAAGAGUAGUAGUCUGUGCAGCUUCAAAACUGAUUCAAAAAAGGGUGUUGAGUGUUUAAAAACGUCUGUAUCAUUGGAAAAAGGUGAGGCUUUUCCUUUUUCUAGCACUCCAGAAGAUGUAUAUGAUUCUACUGAAUUCUGUACAUCCACAGAACUUUCUAUAGAUGAAAGGCAGAUCGACCGCUAUGCAUCAACCCCUUCAUAUGAAAUACCCCAAGUCUCAAACUUCACAGAUGGUGAUGAAAAAGAGAGAUGUUUGUCUGAAACAUCCACAAAUAGUGAGAGAUGUGUCAUGGGGAUGAUGGAAGUUAUUUUAGGGGAGUCUGGGGACAAACCUAAAUUAGAUGGACACGGUUUACAAAGUGAAAUAGCCCCAUCGUGGGCAGUCAAUCAAGUUUUUGAUACCGUGGCCAAAGAUAGAUCUAUGCAUACAUUUUCUGAACAGCUGAAGACUGAUUCAGUCGACCAGCCAAGCUGUUUGUGGAAUACCUGCUUCUCUGAAAUUAUGAAAGAGGUCAACCUACAACAAAUGGGUGUAACCCAAGAAUCGGUAUCAAAGAAUGUUGACACUUCAGUAGCUCUUAUGGGAAUAUAUCCCUACCCACUUUCCCUCUCCGAAACCAGUGAUGUUUGGGGAUGGAUUAAUGAAUAUGACCAGACUGACUCGGCCAAGGUUUCUGAUUUGAAUCCUAAUGCCAAGGUAUGGGCAAAUCACGUGCUAAAUCUUGAUGCUGCUGCUAGCAAUGCCUGUGAGACAUGGGAAGAACCAUUGGCAACUCCUGACACCUGCUCAGAGGGAUUUGAAGCCAUUGGUGAUGCUGACAAGUCCUUCCAGAGUCCGUCACAGGAGCCCACCUUGAUCGUUUCUCCCACUGAGCCUCCAGACCCGAACGUUGUGACACUUCAAUGUCCUGACUCUAGUUUUUCAGAAUACGAGACGAUGCAUGGAACCAAGCAGACAGGAGGAGGUGAUCAGACUCCUUUGGAACAGCAGACUGUUGGCCAUGAAGAUCUUCGAGAAUUGCUGAAAAAGACAUUGGAAUUCUGUUUAUCUCGAGAAAACCUGGCCAACGACAUGUACCUAGUUUCCCAAAUGGACAGUGACCAGUAUGUGCCAAUACUGACAGUAGCAAACCUAGACCACGUGAAAAAACUGAGUACGGAUAUGGACCUGAUUGUUGACGUUUUGAAAUCAUUGCCUUUGGUUCAAGUGGAUGAGAAGGGGGAAAAGGUCAGACCAAAUCAAAAUCGCUGCAUCGUAAUUUUACGAGAGGUACCAGAAUCAACACCGAUUGAGGAGGUGGAAGCACUCUUCAAAGGGGAAAAUUUUCCAAAGUUCAUGAGCUGUGAGUUUGCCUACAACGACAACUGGUUUAUCACCUUUGAAUCGGAGGCAGAUGCGCAGCAGGCUUAUAGGUACCUUCGUGAAGAAGUGAAAACCUUCCAGGGACGGCCUAUAAAGGCAAGGAUAAAAGCAAAGCCAAUGGCUAUCAACACCUUCCUGCCAAAGAAUGGUUACAGACCGAUUGAUAUGAACCUGUACACUCAGCAACGGUACACGUCGUUUUAUGUACCUCCUAUCUACAGCCCCCAACAGCAAUUUCCACUUUAUAGCCUUCUGACUCCUCAGUCUUGGUCUGCAGCACACAGCUACCUGGAUCCAACAUUGGUAUCUCCAUUUCCAAGUGCAGGUUUCAUCAAUGGAUUUACCACAGCUCCAAACUUCAAAUCUGCUGCAGCCCCCUUGACUACACUCAGACACUAUAAUCCCAGAAACAGGUACGAUGUUUGGAACCACAGUAAAUCCCACCUGCGGCCGACACUGCCGAACACAGACCGUGGGCCAGGCCUACUGGAGAGCCCCGCAAUAUUUAAUUUUUCCGCUGAUCGUCUGUUGAAUGGCGUUCGAAGUCCACAAAUGCGACCGGCAGGACCCAACAGGCCGCGGAUCCAUAAUAACACAGGUUACAAUAAGAGGGAUCUUGGGACUGGAAGACCGGAGCAGAUCAAUCUUGAUACAUCAUCCAGUAUGGGCCGAGGAAAGAAGAAUUUGUACGGUAAUCGGAAGAAAAGGGAAGACAAGUUCAUGAGACCCCAGACACAGUCGCCUCCUCCACCGAAGCCUCCGUCUCCCAAUUUUGAGCUGGGAUUGUCCAACUUUCCUCCUCUGCCUGGAGCGGCAGGCAAUCUCAAAACUGAGCAGAUACUUGAGACCAGAUUGUCCAACAUAGUAAAAGGGAUUUCGAAAGAAAAGACGCCAAUUGUGCAGAAUAUAAAUGUCGACGCAAGCACCAACACUGUACCUUCGGGAAUACCACGAGAGCCAUUACCAUCACCGUCUCCUGCCGUACCAGCGACUUCUGAACGCUCUCCUUCACCGCCACGCUCUCCAGAAAUCAAUGAAGUUAAGAGCCAAGAAACCAAGCAAAGAGAAACACAGACUCCUUCGGAAAGACUGACUACGCCUCUAACCACAGCAAGUAAAUCUGUGCAAGUGAAUGGAGCGGCCACGGAGCUCCGAAAACCCAGUUAUGCAGAGAUUUGCCAGAGAAGUGCAAAAGAAUCUCCUACACUACAGCCCCCGAAGGAGCAGAAGCCUAACACUGCAGCGGUCAACAAAGACGACAAAAAAGCUCCUGAAAAUCCAGGAGAGAAAGCCGAGGCGAAAAAUAAAGAGCCACCCACUGGAAAGGGAAACCCAGGGAAGCCUCGAGACCAGCGAAGACAAUCGGGGCGUAGAACACCCCCUCAGGGCACCAACAAGCGGAUAAAUAAAGAGCAACACACUCCCCCAAAGUCACCCAAUUGAAGUUCCCGGACACAGGUGGUUGAUUUAAGGGUCUGGUUUGUUCAAACGUAAUCUCCCUCACACUCCCCCCACCACCACUCCCUCCCCUCCCUCAAAGUCCCCAAUCAGAGCACAGAGGUUGUUGAAAUGAUGGGUUUCUGGAAAAGGUCUUGUGAGCAACAAAGGGCACUUUUUGUAAUGGGAGUGUGUGUGUGUGUGU